CUGAAGAUCCUCUCCAUCACUUGUUCCUACAACCUGUGUCCGUGUCCCCAGGCUGAAGGAGAGACCAAGGGCGAUAAGGCCAAAGUUAAGGAUGAGCCACAGCGGAGAUCAGCGAGGUUAUCUGCUAAGCCCGCUCCUCCAAAGCCAGAGCCCAAACCUAAAAAAGCAGCUCCAAAGAAGAGCGAGAAGGUGCCCAAGGGGAAGAAGGGAAAAGCUGAUGCUGGCAAGGAGGGGAACAACCCUGCAGAAAAUGGAGAUGCCAAAACAGACCAGGCACAGAAAGCCGAAGGUGCUGGUGAAGCCAAGUAAAACGUGUGAAUUUUUGAUAACUGUGUACUUCUGGUGACUGUACAGUUUGAAAUACUAUUUUUUAUCAAGUUUUAUAACAAUGCAGAAUUUUGGUUUACUUUUUUUUAAGCUAUGUUGUUAGCACACAGACCGCUUCGUUGUUGUGUUCUGGGGGGUGGGGGGACAAUGGGGACAAAUGUCAUUUAGUCUAUUUCUCAAAACCUUAAUUUUAAUAAGAAAAGCUUUUGCCAGUCCCCCAGUUUUUGGAAGAAGGGCCCUUCCUGCAGGGAGAGAGAAGGGAUUCCCCCAUGCUGCGUGUCAGUUAUGUCCAGGUGAACAUCAGAGCUCCCAAGAUGCUGUUGCCUGCUCCAAAUCCCAAUGCCAUCAGUUCUCCUUUGGUGUCUCCUUGUUUGCCCAGAGCCCGUCACUCCAAACCACAGCAGAACUGGCAUUUUGGGACCUGCCACACACUCGUGAGCCGGAUUUCUGGUGUCCAGUCUGGCUCAAAAAGGAGCUGCACUUCCUCUUUUCUAUUGUGGAUCCUCAGAUACAGAAACCUGCCUUUAAAUUUUAUUUUCCUCUCAAAGUCAGGGUGGGUUUGUGCAGAGUUGUCAGACAACGUGCGGAUGUGAUCGUGUCCACCCUCACUCUAAACUUUGCCCUCUACAAGUGUGAGCUGAAGAUUUUAAUGGUUUUUAGCAACUUCUCCAUUUCAGUAGUCCACAAAGGGAGGGGAGUUUGACAGUUGUUGUAAAAUGUUGCAGAUUGUAGCCCAUGUCCUGCCUAAAUUACCAUGAUUGUUCAUGAAAAGUACCUUUAAUAAAGCUGGAUACGGUUUGGCUUGGACUGUU